GCAUUUCAUACAGAUACUUUUCGCCAUAAUCACAUUUUGCAACGCUUUUUAUCGGAAAUUGACGAUAUUCCAGCAAUUUUGAUGCUUAAUGUGCAUGCGCUAAAUUUAACUUUAAAUUGGCUAUGCAAUGUGGUCAGUUUCUCAACCGUCCAUCAAAGACUUCUAAUAUUUGCAUUUGAUCAUACAACCUACAAUACACUUCGGGCAUCAUGGCCAGAAAUUAAAGUUAUCUUUUGGUCAUUGCCUGGAAUGCACGUACAAUUUCAAAUAGGUGAUAGUCGCUAUCAAAUGUUGCUAUAUUUUCGUGCAAAACUAUGUACAUAUUUGGCUAGUAUAGGCCGUGAUUUCUGGAUAAUCCAAGCAGAUACUUACUGGCGCAAGAAUUUGUUCAAAAUUAUAGAUACUCGUCAAAUGUUGGGUUUAAAUGGAAAUCUUCUUUUCGAUCAAGAAGGUAACAAAGGAUUGUUGAUUGAAAUGGUCGCUGGUGGCUAUUUCUUUGUUAAAGCAGGCUUCAAGUCAGAAUGCUUUUUCAAAGAGAUUUCAAGACAACUGGAGAAUUAUUACGCUACAGACAAUAAUAUUAUGGGAGCAUUAUGUAUCACACAAUAUUGUGGUAAUAAAUGUGUAUUCAUACCAUAUAAUUUAAUCAGUAAUUGGCGAUGGUAUUGGAGUGAACAAACACAUAUUCCACCAUUGCUACAAUUUGAUGGUGGAUUAAAUUCGAAUCAAAAAUUUGACAAUAUGAAAAAACUUGGAGCAGAAUUUGUAAACAUCACACAAAUGAAGGAGCAUUAUCUAGCUAAAUGCUUUAUUCGCAAUGCAUUAACACCGGAAGAUGCACUUCCUGAAUGGCUAGUCUUUAUUCUUAUGUUUAAAAUUUUUGUCUAG